CGGACGAUGACACGCUAUUUUGGAAAGCCUCUUCAGACGGUCGUUUCUCCACCAAGAGCGCCUAUCAAAUGAUGUGCUCCACUGGCAGCUCUAACCAGCCCCGAAUUUGGAGUCACAUUUGGAAGCUGCAAGUUCCGGAACGAGUCAGAUGCUUUGCGUGGCUGGUCGCUCACAACAGGAUAAGCUGUAACGAACAGAGGGUCAAACGACAUCUUUCCUCCUCACCUUUCUGCUACAGAUGCCCGCUGCAGGUUGAGACUCCCCUUCACGCUCUCAGGGACUGCCCCCCGGCAGCUUAUACUUGGUCUCGCCUUGUUCCAGCCGAGCGACAGUUCAGUUUCUUCAGUAACAGUCUUGAGCAGUGGUUGUCCUCCAACCUGAAAGAGGAGGACAAGCUCGGGGGUGAUAUUCCGUGGAAUGCAUACUUCAGCAUUGGUCUGUGGAACUUGUGGAAAAACAGGAACGAUGGAGCUUUUAAUGGGAUCGAGAAGACGCUCUCGCCUCCUUCUCUUCUACAAGCCACCAAGAUUAAAGCAGACUUAUGGUAUAAGGCUUGGUCAGCCCCCAGAAGAGUUUUGGGACGAAGGCCGGUCUCAUUGCAGAGAACUCCCACUGAAAUUGGCUGGUCUCCUCCGCCGGCGGGUUGGGAUAAGAUGAACGUUGAUGGCGCGGCUAAUGGGAGGCAGGGACCUGCUGGGGCAGGCGGCAUCUUGAGAAACUCAGAAGGCAGGUGGAUCGGUGGUUUCGUGUGCAGCUUGGGGUCGUGUUCGGCAAUCUUGGCUGAGCUUUGGGGUAUAUAUCACGGGCUGGGCGUGGCUUGGCAGCAGGGAAGUAGAGCUCUCAUCCUCGAGACCGACUCCCAAAUGGCUCUGCAACUCAUUGACAAGAGAACUGAUCCUCUUCAUCCGCAUUCUACUCUUCUUGGCGCUAUCAGACGCAGGAUUGCCCGAGACUGGGUGGUUAAGUUAGCCCAUACUUAUCGGGAAGGGAAUAGAGCUGCGGACUGGCUCUCGAAGCACAGUCUCGUCUACCCCUACGGUAAGCUUGAACUAACGACACCACCCCAAGGGAUCCAACACAUCAUCAGAGACGAUUGUAGAGGAACAACUUUCACUAGGAGUAUUGUAACUGCUCCCCACACUCACCUCGCUCUGUAAUCUCCUCCCCUCCUCCCUCUGUUUCAGUUUCUUUGGCUUUUGCCUCCCUGUAACCCAAAAAAAAAAAACUUCUGACGAAUG